AUGGAUGUUCUCUGGUCGAAGGAUAGAUUACAUAAAAUAUUCAGCACAGACUCUCUGAUGGUCCACGCGAACGCGACCGGCGACUGCGGCGCGCCCUCUAUCCUCGCCUGCUACCUGUGCGGGGGCGACGGCAGCUUGCGCCGCCUCGGGGGCACGUACACUUGCAACGGCAUCGAGGAGAAGUACGACAGGAUGCUGCAGGAGAGCUUCGGGGUCGAGGUGUCACGGUUGGAUUGCAUGAUAUGCGACCACUGCAUACAUCAACUGCGCAACGCUCACAGAUUCCGAAAUUUAGUCAAAGCCGCCUUCGUUAAAUCAACGAGUGAAAGACCGCUCAGCAACAGCACGAGAACGAAGCCCGACAGGAGCCUGUCGAAGCCGGACUUUGGGGGGUCCUACAUGAAAAAGGCGGAGGCGCCGAAGCACCUCAAGCAGAAGGCGACCAUAGACAACCUUCAGAGGCGCUGCGAAUUGAGGCGCGAACGGAAGCGGCUGUCAAACAUGCACGUCGAGACAAAAAAGGCAAACGUCGCGUGCACAGUAUGCAACCAGCGCUACCCGAUGAUAGUCCCAUUCGACGGAAUAAAGAAGUUCGUUUGCUCGCGUUGCAAGAAGAACGCGGAGACGUACGGCGCAUGCAAGAAGUGCAACCUGCGGCUGCCGCUCGGCUCGAUGCAGGAGCACCUGAAGACGCACGCGCGGGCAAAGCCGAAGUGUAAAAGCAGAUUGCCCACCGGGCCGAGGGCGCUGCCGUCGCAGUCGAAAACGGAGAACCUGUCCAGGACGCAGACCUACGUGAAGUACCCGAAGAGAUACCACUGCAGCAAAUGCGACAAGAGGUACCUCGUGCCGCAACACCUAGCCCACCACAUCAGCACGGCGCACGGCGACGCGCUGGACUGCACUUGCACAGUCUGCGGCAAGGACAUGAAAACUCGCGACAAACUCGACCACCACAUGCACUCUCACACCGGCCAGCAUAUAUACCAGUGUCACGUUUGCAUGAAAGUAUUCAAGAGCCAACGCAACCUGCAGGCCCACUAUAUGACUCACGCAAAA